AUGAGAAUAUUUGAAACUCUCAAUAAAGCAAUUCUAGCAUCUUGGGAGAAAUGCAUUUUGACUGGAGGAACGGAAGCAGUGGCCAUGGCCCAAGCUGCUCUCCUGGGUCAAACUUUUGCGCUUUUGUCAUCGGUAUCCUACCUAUCUCCUAGACAUGCAGACAACGUGGCGCGACUAACAAUAAUUAAGAGAAAGAAAGAUUUAUUAAUCGCACAGACGUUCCAUGGCACAUUAAUUGCUUGGGCUAGGCGUCUCGACGUCUUUCGGGUCACUUGUAUUCCCGAAAAGAUUGACGUCCAUGGAGCAGCAAAUGGAUUGAGACAGACCUGGAAAAAAUGGAUACAAAGAGAGGAGAGGAAUCGGAAAUCACCGGUGGUCAGGGUCGCCGCAGCUCUGUUUAUACAUGAUGUCGAAAUAGCCGAGAUCUCCAUGUCGGAUCGCUUUUUGCGACAUAAAGCCUCGGAUCUGCCGCCAGCUUGCGACGAAGAUCUCUGGAGUGCACCAAUUGCCGAAGUUUGGGCUGAAAGGUUCAAAGAGGUAUCUGCCAGUGGACCCUCUAAGACUGACUACAGUUGCUCUACGCAGCAGGCCCCUGUUACUUUUGGAGGCGUAUAUCAGCAUCAAGGGUCCAUCGCUGCAAAAGAUUGCUUCCGGUCCUAUAUUGUACUUUCAGGCCUUGCUUCCUUUCCCAAGGAGACACACAAUUAUGAAGCCCUGAAUCGAGAGAGACAGAGGGAACAGAAAACACGAUUUUUGAUCAACUUCUACACCUCACAUAUUGAACCGUCGAAGGAAGGCUCUCAUGAUGUUUACCUCCGACGUGCUCUGUGGCAUUCUACUUUCAUAUCUUCGGAUGUGAACAUGGAUAGACUGGAGAUAGCUAUCGGUAGAGAAGGAUACAAUGAGUCACAGCAGCGUAUCAAUGACGUACGUGAAUGGGCGUGCUCGCUGGAUGGCCAACGAUGUGCACUUCAUGCUAUCAUGAUUCUGCGGGAAUUGGAGAAAAUUGUAUUGGGAACCGAACCCCCCAUUCACAUUCCGCGUACCGUUUUCUGUGCCGCAAUCACUUGGUUUUGUUAUAUCAAGCUCGGGAGAGAUGGCCCAGACUUAUCCCAACAUGAUCUUGAAUUUCCCGAAUUUAAAGUUAUGGGCGUGAAUUGUUAUCAAAUCCUCUUUGAAGCCAAUGGAUAUAAAGGUAAACGGCUGAAGUCAACCGAAUCCUCUGUAUUCCGUGGGUUCAUUGAUCUGCUUCAGCGGGUAGGCCAUUGGGGUAUCUCUAAUACUCUCGCCUCUAUACUACGUCUCCUCCUUCCCGAGGGCACUGACGAUGAAAAGAACAGAUUCUAA